AUGUUCGCCCUCCGUGCCCGCACCAGCGCGGCAGCAACGCCGGCGUUCGCCCUGUGCCGCUUCCUCGCCACGCACGCCAAGCUGCCGCAGACCUACGUCGAGAAGGUCGUUCAGCGCCACGCCGUCGGCCUUCCCGAGGGCAAGGUCGUCCGCGCAGGCGACUAUGUCAUGAUCAAGCCGCAGCACGUCAUGACCCAUGACAACACCGGCCCCGUCAUCUCCAAGUUCAAGUCGAUCGGCGCGACCAAGAUCUCGAACCCGCGCCAGACCGUCUUCACGCUCGACCACGACGUGCAGAACCGCUCGUCGGCCAACCUCGCCAAGUACAGCAAGAUCGAGGCGUUCGCCGGCGAGCACGACGUCGACUUUUACCCGGCAGGGCGCGGCAUCGGCCACCAGAUCAUGAUCGAGGAGGGUUACGCCUUCCCCGGCGUCAUGACGGUCGCGAGCGACAGCCACUCGAACAUGUACGGCGGCGUCGGCUGCGUCGGUACCGCCAUCGUCAGGACGGACGCCGCAGCGCUGUGGGCGACGCAGCGCACGUGGUGGCAGGUGCCGCCCAUCGUCCGCGUCAACCUCGAGGGCGAGCUGCCGGCCGGCGUCACGGGCAAGGACGUCAUCAUCGCGCUGUGCGGCGGCUUCAACAAGGACGAGGUCCUGAACCACGCCAUCGAGUUCCACGGCUCGGGCAUCCCGCACCUGAGCGUCGACGAGCGCCUCGCCAUCGCCAACAUGACGACCGAGUGGGGCGCGCUCGUCGGCGUCUUCCCGUCCGACAAGGUCCUCCACGAGUGGUACGAGUCGCAGCUCAAGAAGUCCGAGCUGCGCCGGUUCGAGCUCGGCGGCAAGACGUCGGGCUCGCUGUCGGCCUCGUCGAGCGACCACCCGCGGCUCAACUCGAAGCGCCUCGCCGACGUGUUCGCCAACCCGAUCACGCCCGACGCCGGCGCCACGUACGCCAAGACGCUCACGCUCGACCUGUCGACCCUGUCGCCGUCUGUCGCCGGCCCCAACUCGGUCAAGGUCGCGACGCCGCUCCCGGUCCUCGAGAAGCAGGACGUCAAGAUCGACAAGGCGUACCUCGUGUCGUGCACCAACUCGCGCGCGUCCGACAUCAAGGCGGCCGCCGACGUCGUGCGCGGCAAGAAGGUCGCGCCCGGCGUCGAGUUCUACAUCGCCGCCGCGUCGUCGGUCGUGCAGAAGGAGGCCGAGGCGGCGGGCGACUGGGCCGCCCUCGUCUCGGCGGGCGCCAAGGUGCUCCCGGCCGGCUGCGGCCCCUGCAUCGGCCUCGGGACGGGCCUCCUCAAGGACGGCGAGGUCGGCAUCUCGGCGACCAACCGCAACUACAAGGGCCGCAUGGGCUCGCCGAACGCGCUCGCCUACCUCGCGAGCCCGGCCGUCGUCGCCGCGUCGGCCGUCGCCGGCAAGAUCGUCGGCCCGCAGGUCGCAGGCGCGAUGCCGUCGUCCGAGCCCCCGACGCUCUCGAUCGAGUCGGCCCCGGCGAGCGCCGCUUCGUCCGACGCUGCCGCCGCCGGCGUCGCCGAGCCACUCCUGCCCAACUUCCCUCCCCUGUUCGCCGGCCCGCUCCUGUUCGCGCCGCAGGACAACCUCAACACGGACGGCAUCUACCCGGGCAAGUACACGUACCAGGACGACAUCACGCGCGAGAAGCAGGCCGACGUCGUCAUGGAGAACUAUGACCCGGACUUUGCGUCGCUCAUGCGCUCGCUCGCCUCGCCUGCCGCGUCGCACAACCCGGGCGGGCCCUCUCGCAGCGGCGACGGCGUCCUCCUCGCGUCGGGCUACAACUUUGGCACCGGGUCGUCGCGCGAGCAGGCGGCGACGGCGCUCCUGUCGAGCGGGAUCCCGCUCGUCCUGUGCGGCUCGUUCGGCGACAUCUUCAAGCGCAACUCGAUCAACAACGCCCUCAUCUGCGUCGAGUGCCCCGAGCUCAUCGAGGACUUGACGCGCGACUUUGGCAAGGACGGCCAGCGCAACUCGGGCGGGAGCGACGGCAAGUUGACGGUGCAGGUGCCGUACUGGGUCGAGGUCGGCAGCGUGACGGGCAAGGUGACGCUCCGGAGGGAGAAGGGCGGCGAGGUCCUCAAGGAGUACUCGGUCGGCGCGGUCGGCGGCAGCGUGCAGGAGAUGUGGCUCGCUGGAGGUCUCGAGGGCUGGGUCCGCGAGCGCAUCUAGAGCGAGCCGGGCCGUAGAAUGGCAGAGGACGAGCCGUCGAGGAGGAGGAGCACCCUGUUGUAACUCAGGCUCCCACUCGCGCGCUCC